UAAAAAUCUCUAGUUCGCCCCUAGGUAGAGUACUAGGGUAAGUUGAUAGUAGUUCAUUCAUUCAAUGAUCUCUACCUUAUGAAGCUGUUAUAAAGAUUUGAAGUAAAUCUCACUUUUUAAGCAUAAAACCUAUCUUAAAUUAGCAAGAUAAUUGAUGGUAGAAAUGAUUAUACAAAAUGUACGGUUUAGCAUGGAUAUAAGGUCUAAAUUUAUAUUGCAUUAAGCAAUGGAGACCUGGUCAAAGAGGGUGAUGAAGGAACGUUGUUUACUUACCAAAAUAGUCUAGUGCUAAUUAACCAAACUCAUUCAGAAGUUGGACAAAGAAAGGCUGUUUAAAUUUAAGGUUUAAGACAAUUUUCUGUGGCUAUAUAUUAAUCCGUAAUAACCAAAUCGUUUUUUUCCAAAUUUUAACUAAUUUUUAAAAUAAAUUUCUAAAGUAAUUCAUCCAAAAGUUCUUGUCAAGGGAAUGCAAGAAAGACGUUGGGGAAGGAAGGAGAGAUGAAUUCUGGACUUUCAUGGGCUGAUCAAUGGGAUUACGACAAUCCCGACCCACCACCACCAUCUUCAUCGGAGAAUGAUAAGAAGAAGGGAAAGGAUGGAUCUAAAGGGAGUAAGUUCGGGAAAUCAAUAUUAAAGUUCAAAUGGAUUAAAGAUAUCCGCAAGAAAUCUCAGAAACAAUGAGUACUACUGAUCAUGUGCAUCAAGAAGCCUCUUUGUUGUUGCAAUUUCAAAACAGAGCCUCUGUGGCCUCUUAUCACUUCAUCUAUGAUUCAAUAAUAUAGUCUAUUCAAUUCUUUCUUUGUUAAUAGUAAUCUGAUUUACUUCUUUCUAUGAAUGUUGUAAUUACCUUUUCAAUAUUAUCAUAUAU